AUGGAGCUCCCUCCCCUCACCUUGUGCCAUGCAAAUCGAAUGCUCCUGAUUGGCAGCAGCCAUUUGCUCAGCAAACACGUGAUGUGGCAUACCAGUCAAGUGAUUGAGAGCGAGGAACAUGCCACCCAGCUCCGGAAAGCCGAAAACUUCUGUCGUCCAUCCUCGGAUCAGCACCACCUCCUUUCCAACGUCCGCGAAUACUGUCAAUUGACUCCCCUUCCCCUUCCGAACCUCCGACAUACAACCUCCCCUCACAAUCGAAAAAUGCUGCGCACCCCGGCGUCGAGUCUGCUGCGCAACCGCCUGGUGCGCAGCGUCCCGGCCGUCGCAACCCGUGCCUCGUCUACUCACGCCAUUUCCAACCCUACCCUCGCCAACAUCGAGAAACGAUGGGAGGGAAUGCCACUUCAGGAGCAGGCUGACCUCUGGAUGGCUCUACGAGAUCGCAUGAAGGGGAGCUGGGCCGAAUUGACGAUCCAGGAGAAGAAGGCCGCAUACUGGAUUGCCUUCGGUCCCCACGGCCCCCGCGCCGUCGACCCUCCCGGUACCAACGCUCGCAUUGCCUGGGGCGUUGCCCUGGGUGUCGGUGUCAGCUUCGCCAUCUUCGCAACCACUCGAUCCUUCGCCAAGCCCGAGCCUUCCACCAUGACCAAGGAGUACCAGGAAGCAUCCAACGAGCUCCUCAAGCAACAAAAAGCCGACCCCAUCACCGGCAUCUCCUCAGAAGGCUACACUGGCAAGGGCGUGGUUCAGUCUCCUCCCAAGGGUCACUAA